CGUCAGCAGUGAGGCCAACAGCAAGGUGUAGGUAUGGCAUCCGCGGAGAAGGCUUUGCCGCAUGGUGUGGCCGGGGCGCCAAACGAAGAAGCCUUGCUGAAACUUAUGGAAAGAACGGGAUACACCAUGCUACAAGAAAAUGGGCAAAGAAAGUACGGCGGUCCACCUCCCGACUGGGAAGGCCCGGCUCCCUUAAGGGGUUGCGAAAUUUUCGUCGGAAAGAUUCCAAGAGACUGUUACGAAGACGAGCUUGUUCCAAUAUUUGAGAAAAUAGGGAAGAUUUACGAACUGAGACUCAUGAUGGACUUCUCUGGAUCCAAUAGAGGAUAUGGAUUCGUUAUGUACACUAACAAAGAACACGCGAAACAAGCGGUAAAGGAGCUUAACAACUACGAAAUUCGUAAAGGCCGGCUCUUGGGUGUUUGCAAAUCCGUCGACAACUGUCGAUUGUUCGUUGGAGGUAUUCCAAAGAACAAACAGAGGGAUGAAAUUUUGCAGGAGAUGAAAAAAGUAACGGAUGGUGUAACUGAUGUCAUUGUAUAUCCAUCAGCCAUUGACAAAGCAAAGAACCGUGGAUUUGCGUUUGUGGAAUAUGAAUCGCAUCGGGCAGCCGCCAUGGCAAGAAGGAAGCUCAUUCCCGGCAGAAUUCAGUUAUGGGGCCAUCAAAUUGCAGUUGAUUGGGCUGAACCAGAACAAGAUGUUGAUGAAGACGUUAUGUCAACUGUGAGAAUUUUGUACAUGAGGAACCUUAUGUUGACAACUACAGAAGACAAAAUUAGAGAGCUGUGCAAUCAAGUUGUGGGAAGAGACAAUGCUGUGGAAAGAGUAAAGAAGAUCAGAGAUUACGCAUUCAUUCAUUUUAGAGACAGAGAUGAUGCUAUUAUGGCCAUGACUAAACUUAAUGGAAUGAAUGUUGAAGGCACUUACGUUGAGGUUGUCUUGGCAAAGCCUGUGGACAAAACAGAUUACGUGAGAUAUACCAGAAUUGGGACAAGGGGAUCUUUGUCUCAGGGCUAUGGCUAUGAUUUUGAUCCUAGUUACUCUCCACCAUCAUAUUACAACCCGAUGUCUCCACCACCCGCAAGCAGGGGGUUGGCAGAGCGAGGUCAUAUGGGCAUCAGAAGCCCUGUGCGUGGCCGAGGGCGGGGGGCCGGGGGCUCCAGAGGUAUAGGUGUGGGGCGAGGAGGAGGGAUGAUGAGGGGAUGGGGCUUCAGGAAGCAUCCAGCAGAGGAACGUCUGUUUGACAUUUUGCCUGGCAUGGAAUUGACUCCCACUAACCCUGUAACUCUCAAACCACAAUCCAUGAAAACUCCAACACAGGUGCUCGAUGACCUUUGCCAGAAGAAUGGAUGGGGAAGUCCUGUAUACCAGCUUCAUUCUGCCAUGAGAAGGGAUGGAAGUGGUGACCAGCAGCUCUUUUUGUACAAGAUCACCAUACCAGCUCUCAAUGCUCAGUUUCCAAAUCAUAACCCAUUUACCCCAAAUAAACUCUGUUCUACUGUUGAGGAGGCAAAGGUUUUUGCAGCAGAGUACACUUUGAUGCAGUUAGGUGUGCCUCUUGAAGGUGGUGAAGUGCCUGUAAGUACUAUGGUUGCCCCAUCCAGUCCAUAUCAGGCGGGACGUUCCAUUGCUCCUGCCUAUUCCCUGACAAAUGGUGCUCGCUCUGAUCAUUUGACUUAUACCUCUUCCGUGCCUGUAAUGUCAAGCGCUUCUUACGGAGUUUCUCCGGGGAAAAUGCCUUCCACCCCAGAGUACAGUAGCCCACCAUAUCCUUACACCCAGCCGAGCUAUGCCAGCCACCCCGGCCCACCUGUGGAACUCUUCCAACAGAUCAUGUGAAAAGCCAUUGAUGACCUAAGGUACAUGUAUAUUGUGUGCAUAUCCUUGCCUGAACGUCUUUUAGAUUUAUUUAGAUAUUGGUUGUCUGUUAGUUGCCUUGGUGCACUAUUGAGCACUUUAUAUUUAAAGUUUUAACCAAGUGAAUAUACAUAAUCUUACAGUGCUUUGUGUGAUAGCUAGUGUGUUAGAGUCCUUUGGCUGACAUGUAGUGUCUAUUGGCACUACAUACCUUGCUUGCUAUUUGAUAGGGACACAAGAGGUUAAUUUUUGAGUUUGUUAAUGAACAGGGUCUUUCAACUAUAGUUUCUUGUAUUUAUGGUAUUCAGUAGUAGAAAAUUGAACUCUUAUACGCCUGUUGGAUUUUUAAUUUUGACUGUUUGGCAUAAUGGCUGCUGCAUGAUUAUGUCACUCAGUAUGUAUGUUGUUAAAUAUGAGCAAUGACCUUAGAGUUUUAUGAAGUUUUAUUAAAUACAUUUUACUAGCUGUGCAUAACUGGACAGAUAUUGUCUUUGAGAAUUGUUACAGUGUGUACCAUGACCUAAGGUAAAGUUCUGUUUUGUAUUAUUUCUAGAUGCUUGUUUUCCUUGAAAAAGUGCUUUAAAUAGAUAUGUGCAAUGCAUAUUGUUCGUACUUCAUAGAAAACAAAUGUGUUGUUUCUUUCUAUGGCAUUUCUUUUGGUUGUUUUAACAAUUUGUCAAUGACAUUUUAAUGGCUUGAAAUCGUCAGAUACGUAUGUUUUGUUCCUCUCAUUACAAUGUGACAAUAUCAUGCAAUGUGGUGGUUUUCAACAGCUUUUUUGAUUUAAAUUUUUCUAUUUUUCUUGUGAAAAGGAAAAUUUGUUCACUGGCAUUCAUAAAGUUGUAUUCAAGAUAUAACGAGUGUGCUGUGUGAAGCUUGGUGAAAGUGUGUCUGCAGGUAAGCAUGUUUGUUGUCAAAUUUUGAGGAGGGGAAUGAGUAUCCUGUAUUCCAUCUGCAAGGAGUGUGAUUGUAACCGUUAUAGUUGUUUGAUCCUGUUAUGAGUUAGACUGAAAUUUUUAGAUCUUGUUUUAGUUUAUUAUUUGUUUUAAGUAUUAAAUAGUCAUUCAUGUUGUUGAACAUGAGAUUCUUAGCCAUUUUCAGAAGGAUUUUCCUCUUCUGUUUGCAAGAGAGUGGUCUAGUUUUACUUUUAGGAAGUAUUUUUUUCUAUUUGUCUUCUAAACUUGUAUGCUGAAUGCAGUGCCAAAGAUAAACUGCUUAAGUCAUGUAAGUUUCAAAAUAGACUGUAAAUGUCUCAAGUAUUUUGUUGGGUUCUCUUUAUGUUUGUUUUUGUUGUUGUAUAUGCAGAAUGUCAUUUUAUAUAGCACAUAUCAAAUACCUUCUAGCUCUUCCUGGUGGCAGUUUUGCCAAUAUCGUGCCACAUACUUCUACAUAGCCAGGUUUAGAAUGAAACCACAUUUUCAUGAUUGGUUUUAUUGCUGUUCUUGCCAGUUUAUAAACACACAAUAUAAAUAUCUAUACACAGAAACUUUUUAGCUCUUAGUUGAUACAGUAUGUUAUGCAGAAAUAAUAGCAUUUAAAACCUAGUCCGCAGAUCUAUCUAUUGUGUUGUAUCUCGUCUCCAGAGGUAUAAUCUUCCUUUCUUUUCAUUUGCAGCCAUGUAAUUACAUUCAUGUACUGUAGGCAAGCCAGCAAAAACACUUGUG